GGUUGUUUUCAAUAUUUAUGGCGGAAGUUACUUCAACCUGUAAGUUUUCGCUGCACUAAUAUUAGGAAAAGUUGUCGGAAAACCGACUUGCUUGGAGUCCGCAUAUCUCAGAUAAAAUACAGAUUAAUAUGUUCUAUUUUUGUCAUAGCAUUUCAGACUCAAAUUGUUUUUCUCCGCUCCGUUAUGUUUUCGUGCAGCUAAGGAGUUUGGGGGGAUCAUUAAUCCAUUCAUCACCAGCAGCACAGCGAUGUCGGAUUUCUCGUUUCGGGAUACAUUAUUGGCGCAUAUUUAUCUUUUUUCUUAUCGUGUCUGUGUAGUUAGAAAGAACAUAAUCCCCAUUGAGCGUCGUUAUCCUUUAGCUAACGUUUCAAAGGAAGUCCACGUCACUGAAUGAAUUUGCUGCCCCAACCUGGUGAUCUGACUGCUGUUUGUCUUAGUUUGCUAAAAAGGACAUUUAUCUGUGAACCUUCGUCAUGGAUAAGGAGUGGGUACCUUUGGACUGCCUGUUACCUUCUGGCACACAGAAAAUCUGUCUGAUCAUUCUGAACCAGCCUCUGGAUAAAAACUACCUGCAUAUUCUCUGGAGUAAAGCGCUUUUGAAAGCAUGUGCUGAUGGAGCUGCCAAUCAUCUGUAUGAAGUAACUGCUGGAUGUCAUGACAGCUUCCUGCCUGACUAUAUCAGCGGGGAUUUUGAUUCCAUUACUGCUGAGGUCAAGGCUUUUUAUGCAGACAAGGGUUGCCCGCUAAUAGAAACAGCAGACCAGGAUCUAACAGACUUCACCAAAUGUCUUGCGGUUAUGCUGGAGAAGAUUAAGGACCAACAGUUACAGGUGGACACAAUUGUGACUCUUGGAGGUUUGGCAGGAAGAAUUGACCAGAUCAUGGCUUCUGUGGAAACCCUUCACCAUGCUCUUUACAUGACACAACUCCCAGUUUUGGUCAUACAGGGAACAAGCUUGGCAUAUCUACUAAGACCUCAGGGCAGCCACAGACUGGCAGUGAACACAGGUCUUGAAGGAGACUGGUGUGGCCUCAUUCCGGUGGGUGGUCCCUGCCAAACAGUCACCACGGGGCUCAAAUGGAACCUGAAUAACCAGAUCCUGAAAUUUGGGACCCUGGUCAGCACCUCCAACUCCUUUGAGCCGACUGCCCCCGGAAAGCGCAGGAAUCUGGUUACUGUGACCACAGACCAGCCUUUGCUCUGGACCAUGGCCAUCCAGAAAAAGGGAGAAUGAUUUUGAACACGCCCUGGUCAAUAUUAACUAGAUCAUUAUGGGGUACGAGAGGACUGGUGUGGAUAUGCUGGGCCAAAAUUUGUACUUUGUCACAAUUAAAUUGAUGAAAUAGAAUCAGAAUUGAAACAUUACUUGAAUGUAAUUAUGCUUUACCUUCCAGCCUCCUGUGUGCCUUAGACAUCCACUUUUUUUUAAAAGAAAUAGUAUAAACUUGAUUUUAGGAAUAAAAAAAGCAUGCCAAUAAAACUAACAACCCACAUCCUUUAAAGAGUUUAAAGUUACACUUUUAUGGUUUGAAAUGAAUGUUUUACUAAUAAAAUUUAAUAAAAAAAACCCA